CUCUCUCUCGCAAGGGGUUUUCUGAUACUCCUCGGCUCACGAUCUUGAGUUUAAAUCUUCAACACGAGCUUAGAGACUCCCUCCAAGAGGGAAGAACUUUCAGAAACCCUCGUUGCUUUCCAACUCCAUCUCUCGUUUUCCAAUUAAUUUUCCUUUUUUCUACACCUACGCAUGUAUAUUUUGAAUUCUUUGAAGCUAUAGACAGAUUGGGGGAUAAAGAAUGAUCGUUAGAACUUACGGUCGUCGGAAUCGAAGCAUGACAAGAAGCUACUCUGACUCAGCCUUUAACGACGACGUUUCAGAUGGAUUUGAUGAUUCUUUAUCCCAAGAAAACCCGCAAGAUGUUUAUAAUUUCGCAUUCUCGUCUCAAGAUUCAACUCGCUGGUCAUUCGAUUCAGAACCGUACGGCUCAGUUCCUUCGAGUUCGUCACAGGAUUCGCGUCAAUUGGAUAUUUUGCCAUCAAGAAAGCCGGUGAUUGGAGGGAAUUUUGAGAAUGGAGAUGGGGUUUCCCGGAAACCGAAGAAGGCAAAAAUUGAGAAGAGUAGGAAAAAUGGGAUUAUCCCAAAAAAGUUGAAAUCGAAGGAAUUGGGACCAGUUUCAGUGACGCACACGGUAGCUACGGCGACUUUGAUGGAGACUCAGGAGUUCGGAGAGAUGAUGGAGCAUGAGGAUGAGGUGAAUUUUGCAUUGGAUGGAUUGAGGAAAGGCCAGCCGGUGAGGAUUCGGCGGGCGAGUUUGUUGUCGUUGUUAUCAAUAUGCAGCACAACUCAACAGCGGCGGCUUUUGAGGACUCAUGGGAUGGCAAAAACAAUUAUUGAUGCUGUUUUGGGACUCAGCUUUGAUGACUCACCUAGCAACCUGGCUGCUGCAGCUAUCUUCUACUUUUUGACCAGUGAAGGUCAAGAUGAUUACCUUUUGGAUUCACCCAGUUGCAUCUGUUUCCUAAUUAAAUUGCUGAAACCACUCAUCUCUCAUUCUACUAAAAGUAAAGUACCGACCAUCGGCUCUAAACUUCUAGCAUUACGCAUGGAUGCUGAUACCUUACAAGAUGCAAAUAAAGGAGUUGAUUCCACAUCUGCUGCGAUUACACAAAAGGUUCAGGAAAUUUUUGUCAAUUGCAAGGAAAUGAAGUCAAGAUAUAGAAAUGAGAAUGCGAUAGAAAUGCCCGAGUUGAGCCCAAAAUGGAUUGCUUUGUUGACAAUGGAGAAAGCUUGCUUAUCUACCAUUUCUCUUGAAGAUACCUCUGGCACUGUGCGGAAGACUGGGGGCAGCUUCAAGGAAAAAUUACGAGAACACGGAGGACUUGAGGCGGUUUUUGAUGUCGUUAGGAAUUGUCAUUCCACUAUGGAGGGAUGGUUACAACAAAGUUCAUCUUCAGGUCGGGGGUCUAAAGAUAAUGUAGAUCUAGAAAGCUUAGUGCUGCUUCUGAAAUGUUUGAAAAUCAUGGAAAAUGCCACAUUCCUGAGUGUGGAUAAUCAGAGCCAUUUGCUUGGUAUGAAAAAAAACUUAAACUCUCAGCACUCCCCCCAAUCUUUUACGGAACUCAUUUUAAGUGUCAUAAAGAUUAUCUCAGGUGUUUCCUUUCUCAAAAGUUCUUCAAGUAGUCUUGCUGAUGUGAAGUUCUCCAAUCUCUCUAAUGGGACUGAUUACGCUGCUGAAUUUUCUUUAUUGGCAUACGACAAAGUGGACAGCAGUGAGGUCGUAUCCAUCAGUUCUGCUGUAAGGGGCUGUAGCAUGGAGCAGACAGCCGCUUGUAAGAGCCUCAAUUUAUCUCAUAACAGUAAAUGGUUGUCUGCUGGUCAGUCGGGAUAUUCUAAAACCAGUUCCAAAACCACCUUAUCUGUUGCUGACACUUGCUUGUUGAAGAUGAGAGUCAAUUGUUCUACUUCUGACUCAUGCAGUGGACCAUCAAGCACUUCCAAUAUUGGGAAACGUGUUGGUAAAAAUGGUUCAAGGAUGAAAUUUGGUUUUGGUGAAGGACCCAAGGUUGACACCAAAUUAGAACUUCUGGAGGACAGCCUGGAUCCUUUCGCUUUUGAUGAAGAUGAUUUUAGACCAACCAAGUGGGACAUACUAUCAGGGAGACAAAUAGUGUCUCAAACGCAAAAAAGCAGGGCAGCAGGUGAAGGACAUGAAGAUGGGUUCCAAUCUCUAUUGAUGUUGAGCCAACAAGAAUCAAGCAACAUGGAAAAUCAUCAUUCUUGUGAAGCUUCUUGUUCAUCUGCUCUUAGCAACGAAAAGUCCAACCUUCUGGCUGACUGCCUUCUUACUGCUGUUAAGGUUCUGAUGAACUUAACAAAUGACAACCCUGUGGGCUGUCAGCAAAUUGCUGCCUGCGGGGGGCUAGAAACUAUGUCUUCAUUGAUUGCUGGACAUUUCCCAUUGUUCAGUUCGUAUUUCCCUCCCUCCAGUGAGCUAAGAGAAAAUGGGCUGUCAUCCCAGUCUAGUAUCGAAGUUGAGCAUCAGAAUGACCGGCAUCUAAAUGAUCAACAGUUAGAUUUUCUUGUUGCCAUUUUGGGAUUGCUUGUAAACUUGGUUGAAAAGGAUGGCUGCAACAGAUCGCGGCUUGCAGCUGCCCGUGUCUCAUUUCCCGCCUGUGAAGGGUUGGAGGAGGAGGGUCGUAGGGAUGUAAUUCCACUACUGUGCUCCAUCUUUUUGGUAAACCAGGGGGCAGGUGAGGCAGCUGGAGAGGGAAAACAAGUAACCUGGGACGACGAGGACUCUGUGUUACAGGGGGAGAAAGAAGCUGAGAAAAUGAUUGUAGAAGCUUAUGCAGCUCUCCUUCUUGCCUUCCUUUCAACUGAAAGUAAGAGCAUUCGUAAUGAUAUUGCUGAAUGUCUUCCGGAUAACAACAUGGCGAUUCUUGUACCUGUGUUAGAGAGAUUCGUGGAAUUUCAUUUGGCACUAAACAUGAUCUCACCGGAGACUCACACGACAGUGCUUGAAGUAAUUGAAUCAUGUAGGAUGCCUUGAGAGUUCAAGAUGAUCGACAAUAUGUACAGCUUCAACCUUCAUUUGAACCCAUCAUGCGUGACUUGAUGCCAUAUUUGGUAGUAUUGCUGCAGAAACUGUCAAACCAACGAUGGGUCUGUGUUAUAGUCGGUUUGACCCCCUCCCCCUUCCUUUUUUUCUUUUGUAAUUUUUGGUCUCUUCCUUUUGAAUUAUUUUUGCAGCCUUUCACCAGGGUGAGAUGCUUAGAUAACAACUAAUACAGCAAAAUGUAGUCAAAAUUUUCUGUGCACAUUCACUGUAAUUUGUAAUUGUAGUUUUGUUAUAGUGGUUACCUGUUGCUCGUUGC